UAAAAUGGCGUCCGGUUUUUUGUGUGUGCGAUAAAAUUAUUGUUUUCAUGAAAUCAUGAGAUUUAUCUAAGUUUUGGCGAAAUAAGUAUACUAUUUAGUAUUUAAAAGCAAAGAUGCAUAGUUAUAGUAUGAUUAAAGACCUAAAUCACGGUUCGUUGGAUGAAAAUAAUGUGCGUGUCAAUCCUGCUCAUAGCGUCGUUGUCCUAUGCCGCCUUUUAUAUUGAGUUGAUUAGACUAAUUUACGAAGAUUUCUUCGUGUAGACUGGUGUUCGUCAGUCAAUAAAAGCAUCGUUAACUAUGAAUUUACAUAGAUAGUACGUUUUUUGUCGGCAUCGUGAUCGAUGAGUGCGUUGUGCGUUUGUAGUUGUGAAAGCGUACAUACAUGUUCGCAAUGAUAAAACUGUCAUGAGGACUCUUGUUUACUAUCAAAUAGCGAAUUUGUGUUAGUGAUUUAGAUUUUUCAAUUGUAAUGAAUUAUAUUUGUUGUUAAAAAUGUGUAUGCCAACUCCUAAUAAUGUUUCGGGCUUCGGAGGCUACUCGUGGGGAUUCACGAGUUCGGCAGAUCUCACGAAGGGCGAAGUGGAAACACCGAGUAGCUUGAGUUAUACAUUGGGGAAUACGGUGUCCCCGGAAACAACCCUAACGGUUAUGUCCCACAAGACACCGCAGGUCCAAGAAAAAGUCGGUGCGGUCACAGUAGCAGUUUCAAAUGCAGGGGCACAAUUAACAAGGGUGGUGACUACGGGCACACCGGUAUCAGGGAGACGAGCUAUGUUUGUAGUCAACGAUGCUGCGGCACAUACGUUGAAUAGAGUUUCACAGCAGAAUCAAACUACUACUAUUCAUACGAACUUAGCAGCUAAGCCGUUUAUGACACCAAUAGGUCCAAUCCAGUUGACUGCCGAAGAAUGCAACGAAAUAUUGAUGAAGAGGGCGUUACAAGCUCAGGGGAUUGCCACGCCAGUCAUUGAUGCGUCGCAACUGAACCAUACGUUGUUGAACGGAGGGUUGAAGAGUCUGGCUGAAGCGACGGCACAGCAAACCCAAGCGGAGACCAUUCAGACCACGACGGUUCAUCAGCAUCACUUGUUGCAUACGAAACAGGAGCCGGGGACGGCGAAUAAUUCGCCUAAAACCGUAUAUUCGCAGACGGAGCUCAUGAACACAAACUCGGUGAUGACGACAGCGCCCCCUGCCGCGGUGAAGGAGCGACCUUACGGCUGCGACGAGUGCGGCAAAUCCUUCCUUCUGAAGCACCAUCUUACUACCCACGCUAGAGUACAUACAGGUGAAAGGCCCCAUGUCUGCGCACAUUGCGGCAAGGCGUUUGCGAGGAAACACUGCCUGAAUACGCAUUUGCUGUUGCACUCGGCCCAGAGGCCGUAUAGGUGUCACGAGUGUAAGAUGGCGUUUACGUUGAAACAUCAUCUUGUUACGCAUUCUAGGGUGCACAGUCGUGAACGUCCGUUCGUGUGCAACGAGUGCGGGCGCGGGUUCCCGCUGAAGCGGCACCUCGUGACGCACAGCAAGUACCACGCCGGCGAGCGGCCCUACGUCUGCAGCGACUGCGGGGAGAGCUUCGCGCAGAAGGAGCACCUAGUAAUGCACAGCCGCUUCCACGGUUCCCUCUCCCCGUACGUGUGCGGCGACUGCGGGCUGACGUUCGCGCGCAAGUUCCAGCUCGUCAACCACGGCCGCGUGCACGGCCGCGUGCCCCACGCCUGCCCCGUCUGCGGCAAGGAGUUCCUGCAGAAGCGGACGCUCGUCACGCACAUGAAAAUCCACACGGGAGAAGGAGCAGUAGCAUGCUUAGAAUGCGGCGAGGCCUUCAAAUGCAAAUCAGAGUUACAACAACAUUGCAAAAUAACGCGGCACUGUCUCACCACAAGCCAAUCGCAACAGCAACAGCAGCAACAACAACAACAGCAACAACAACAGCAGCAACAGCAACAACAAGCGCAGCAACAGGCGCAACAACAGGCGCAGCAACAAGCGCAACAGCAAGCGCAGCAACAGGCCCAACAACAACAACAACAGCAGCAGCAACAGCAACAACAACAGCAACAAGCAACUGUGAUAAAACAAGAUGACUUUAAACCGCAAAUUGUACAGGUGAUAGGCGCAGACGGACAAAUAGUGUCGGAAAAGUCGCCCGGCUACGCGUGUCCUGAGUGCGGAUCGUGUUUUAACACUAAGGAGGCGUUAUCCCUGCAUGUCCGUCUGCACGCGGGUGACCGCACGUGUGUGACGGACUUAUGUGCUUUGACUGCCGCCCUACAGCCCGGGCUUGUCGCCGCACAUCAACAACAUAGUUUCAUAGUUCCAGACCAACCUAUACAGAUAAUUUCUUCUAACCCCAACAACGUAGUGCAUACGCAAGUUAUAGCUGCGCAGAAUCAUCAAAUAACGGCUCCCAGACCGAAGAUCCACUUUUGUGGAGACUGCGGGAAGGGAUUCGCGGCUAAACACGGUCUUUUAGCGCAUCAAAGAAGACACCCGGACGGCAGCUGCACGCUCCGCACGCACGUGUGCGACCAGUGCGGGAAGGCGUUCUUCCAGAAGAACCACCUCAUGCUGCACCAGCGCCAGCACAUGGACCUGCCGCCUAGAAAUAGUCAACCAGUAAACACGUCGCAACAAGCAGCUCAACAAGCAGCACAACAGGCCGCGCAACAAGCGCAACAAGUACAGCAACAAGUGCAACAGCAGGUGCAACAACAGCAACAGGUGCAACACCAGAACAGUCUCGAAAUGGACCAGCAGGACCAUCAGCAGGCCACACAUAUACAAGUUGUAACAAACAGAUCAGGUCAGGUGAUCGGCAACCAGAUAGUGGUGGGUGGGUUAGGCACGCGGCGGCUGGUGACGCCGCUGCAGCUGCUGGGCCGCGACGUCAAGCCGCUCGCGCAUCUCACGCACAAGCACAACCAGCGGCAGCAUACCACCAGUGGUGACGCGAAAGAAGUAGGAGGCCUCGUGUUAUCAGCGGGUCGGACAGGCCUCAUCAAGUACGAGAUCUCCCUCCCGCCCCCCACGUCCGUGGUGCAAGUGCAACAAUUGGAUUGAGUGAAGCGUGAACCAGACGAACCUAUGGUCGUUUGGCUCAAAAAGUGAUUGUGAACGUUAUAGUGAAGUGUUAGAGUAUGCUUGUGUGGGGAAUUGUCUUGUGGGAGUAUAGUGGUGAGUUUAUUUUUUUUUUUUAGUUGGAUCUAAAUGUAUUGUAGAGGAAGGGAGGAGCCAUAUCUGUGGAGUGCCUACUGUUGCAGAUUGAAAUUCCUUGGGUCAGAAGCAAAACAACAGAAUCAGACAUGAUUCUGUUUGUUGUGAUCUGAUUCUGUUAUGUUUUGCCAGAGAUUAACAACAAUUUGGGUAUCAGAUUUUUAUUUGAAAAUAUCACUGUAAAAUGAGAAAAUAAUGUCUAUGUUGAAUGUCUCAAUAUAAGUACAAAUUCGCUGGUUCGUUCGACAUUUUGUAAUCUAUAGCCUAAAUACGAAAAAAGAGGCAAUGUAACUAAGAUUGUAGUGUAAAAGUUACUCAAAGAUCCAAGAAAAAUAAAAAUCUUUGAUUCCCAAAAAGCUUAUAUUUUCUAAUCUAAAAACGCAAAGAUCAAACGCAACUUUAACAAAGAAGUACUAUCAAGGACAAAACUUAUAUCCAACAAUACAAUUCUCAUACAAGCAUACUCUCAACACAAAAACUAAAAAGGAACAUUUUGUAUAAAUAAAGUGCAGGACAGCGCGACUGACGACUUACGGCGAGUGUACAUACAGUGGAAUGGGUUGUUAUUGGAUCAUUUCCCUUGCAAGGACGUUUGGUGCAAAAUGGUUGCUAUAGGCUUUGUUAUGUGCGAAUAUUAAUAAUGAAAUAGUUGAGAAAAAUGGUACAUGUUUUACUUUUACUGUAUUUGGAAAGCAGUUAAACCAGUUAUUUAUCUUAUUUAGAGACAUCCAUUGUUGUUUUAAUAAAUCUUAUCUGAUUUUAUUUAAUGUUUCGCACAUACCAAAGCCUUAGUAACCAUCUAAGCCAAAUUGAACUAAAAUCUAAGCCUAAAUUAAAAAAAAUAUAUAAUGCCAAUAGAUCGGAAAGCUUUAUUUAAUGUUUAGACGUCUGCCUUACAUUAGAGCCUUAAUUUUAUCGUUGUUUGUCCUAUAGGUGUAGAGUACAGAAACUACUUAAUUUCGAUGGCAAUAACGCGUAACUGAUUCAUUUGUGUAUAUUAGUGAAUGUUCUAAAAUUUAGAACAUUGGCGUGUAUAAAGACAAGGUAUAGGAGACGUGUUUUGUGUAUUAUAGUCUAGCAUAAGGGCAACUUACUAUAGUUUGUAAUCUCUUGUACAUAUCAACGUUUUUACGGCACUGAGCGGCGGUUUUUGUAAUAAAAUGUACAAUCUAUGUAGGUUCCAGCAUUUAAGUUUUGGGUUAUUGUUGAAUAAGAUUUUUCAGACAUGUUACAGGUGUAAUUAUUAAAGUUUUCUUGGACCUAAAGUACGCACACUUAAUUAAGAUUAACGAAAAUAUUGUUAGAGAAAAUUGCUAGUAUUAUUUAAUUUUCCCAUUAGUCAUUUCACUUUAGUCUUUAAACACCUGUAACAUGUCCGGCAAAUACAUUUCAACCGUUAUUAUAAUUUAGGUGUCACGUCGAAUAAGCUUUCUUUAAGUACAUAUAAAUAAAUCAGUUUACUUCAUUUGUUACAAAGUUGUGGCAGUAUGGGAGGAGUAUAAUGUGCAAUCAAAAUUCAAGAUUAAAUAAAUUUAUAGA